CGAUAAUAAGAGAGGAAACAGAGAGUGGACAUUCUCCCACUUCUGCUUUCCACUCCACAAAAUCAAAUCCCCAGGACUGUACAAUGUAAGAAGCCAGCUUGCUUUGGUUGGUUGGUUUUAACAAUGGAGAGUUUGAUUCUGAUUAUUCUGAUAAUAAUACCAGGUUCCUGGAGUGGAAACUGGAGGGUGACCUCCGGAGAUCAGUGUGCUUUAAAAGGGUCAUCAGUAGUUAUUAAGUGCGAGUAUGACUAUCCUUUAGAUCACAUGGUCACUGCAGUCGGCUGGUCUAAAACCCUGUAUGUAUCUGGCAAGCGGAGACGGUUUUUACUCUCACGCCUCCCUUCACCACCAGAACACUUUGUAUAUGUGGGGGACCGCUGGAGUGACUGCAGUCUGCAGAUCAAUGAUGUACAACACAUUGAUAAAGGAGCAUACUUUUUUACUUUUGAGACAACACUCAACACAUGGACAAGUAAAGCAUCUGCUCGUUUGUCCGUAAGAGAGUUGACCACAGUUGUAGAGCCAAGCACUGUAACGGAGGGAGAUAAUGUCCGUCUGACCUGUGUGUCAGGUUGCCCUACACCUAUAAACAUUGUGUGGUUCAGAGAUGGACAGCGUGUAUCUAAUUCCGUCUUCCAGGCCGGGAGAGAGGAUGCUGGGAGUUACUACUGCGCCGCCCUGGGACAAGAGACGGUUAGAUCUGCCUCGGUGGCUCUGAAUGUUCAAUACCUUCCAGAGAACAUUUCAAUUUCAAUGGACCCGCCACAUGUUGUUGAGGGCAGCAGUGUGAAUCUGACCUGCAGCAGUGCUGCUAACCCUGCAGCACACAGCUACACCUGGUACAGCCAGGGUAUUGCUUCCAGUGUCAGCUCCAUGCUCCAGGUGGGAUCAGGACAGGUGCUGUCUCUCCCUUCUGUAGACGCGUCCCACACUGGACUCUACCUCUGCCAGGCCGCAAACCAACUAGGGGAAAACAACUCAACUGAGGUGCUGCUCGUCAUAAAGAGAAAGAAUCCUGACGGCCUGUCCCUCCUAAUCUUGGCUGGAAUCGGCCUCUCUGUUUUGGUGACGCUUGUGUUGACUCUUCUUUUGUUCUGGCUGAAACAGAGGACCCGUGCAGAAAAUAAAGCUGUGUAUGACUCCAGGCUCAGUGGGAGAGGCUUGAGCUCUUUAGAUCCAUCAGACAGUGUUAACGCCAACAUCUACAUGUUGCCACCUUCUACUCCAUCUUCUCCUCCACCUGUCACCGCUACUCAGGACAGCGCUCCUCAUUCACAGAGGAAGUCACACCACGAACAUGAUGACCCCCCAGCCUAUGAAGAUGAGGUUACCUACUCAACAGUGACCAUUACACCCAGAAACCCCAGUCUUCCACAUCACAUGAACAACAGCAGAGUGCUGCGUGACUCCUGGUCCAAAGCUGGAGAAAAUGACGACUCAGUGAUCUACGCUUCGGUGGCUAAAUCCAGCUGAGUGACUUUGAACACGUUCACUCCUUUGAGUGCGGUUUCAUCAUCAAGCAUGUUGUCCUGUGGCGUCUUACUCUUAGAAUAGUUUUGAAAAGUUCAAAGCUCAGUCCCUCAGGAGGGUUGAAAAGAGCAUCUCUUGUAUUUAUAUUCAUUUAUAUUACUGUUUAUAAAGGCUUUUUUCUUCUAGUUUGUACAGUAAUACUUGCUGAAUACCAGUGUUGAAUAUUUUGUAUAUACUAAAGGGAUGGUUGGAGAAAGAUUUCUGUUUUCUCAUAUUCUGUAGUGUCUAAUUAUUUGUUACUGCAGUCUGUUCAGUAAAUAUUAAAGAUUUAUAAAGAAAGA